AUGGUGUGGGACACCACUGCGAUCCGUGACGGUGGUGAAUCCACGGAGCUGGAGGACGCCGCCGGCGGGCUGAGGUACCUAAUGUUCUGCAAGCCAGACGUGCCCCACACCACGCGUCGGGAGCGGCCGGUGGACCCGUUCGGCCCCGGUCAGGGUGGAUACUGGGACCGUAGUGCAUGGUGGGAGCCUCACAACUACAGGCGACCUACGCGCAGGGAGGGAGGGAGCUCUAGCUUCGGGUAA